AUGAAGGAAAUGAGAUUGGCCCUCUUGCGCUCCAAAGUCAAGACUGAUCUCGAGAAAUCGCACCAAAAUGAUCCAAAUUGCAAUGUCAAUGGAUCAAAGGACGAAAAUGGCAGAGAAAUUGAAGAAGAAAACGUUUCUGCUGAGAACGAUUCUGAAGAAGAUCACGAAAGAACAUCUGAUUCUCCGACAGCUGAAAAUGAAGAAGAAGAAAAAGAAGAAGACAAAGAUGAUGCAGAUGAUGACGAAGAUGAUGCAGAUGAUGAUGAAGGUGAUGAUGACUCAGGGAAUGAUGAUGAUGACAACAAUGAGGGUAACCCGAACUAUCAUAGUGAAUCUCCUAUCUUAGUUGUUGAUGAAGCUUUACCCGAAAGAACUUCAUCUCAACAUUCAUCCUCAAAAAGUGAUGACAAAAGGGAAGCAUCACUUAGGCCUGAGAUCUCAAUAGCAAGUGGAUUGCAUGAAGCCUCCCCUCGGAUUGGAAUUCCUCCUGCUGAAGAAAUUUCAACUACACCUCUUGAAGAUUUAUCUCGUGCUAUCGUCUCUCAUAUUAAUCAUGGACGAAUCACCUAUCAAGAGAGAAGAUGCUACAAUACGUGA